UGCAGAUCCCUCCCUCCCUGUCCCUGCCUGGCUCCAGCUGCUGCGUGCUGCAGUCGGCCUGCCCUGUCUGCCUCUGAGCCUGCUGGGAGUUGGGGGGAGAAAGCGUUGAGGGAGAGCGAGCAAGGGGGGAAGUGUUUGUGCGGGUCCCAAAAACUGGAAACCACUACUAAAAAGCACACACACGCACGAUUCAGACCGAUUUUAAAGCUCUCCGGAUGAGUCGUUGGCACUACUUUACCGAGAGCUGUGAAACCCCGCCAAGGAGACCCUGAAACUUGCGUGAUUGUUUCUUCUUCUUCUGUGGUAGCAGCAGUGCUGUUGCUCCGCGCCGACUGCUCUGAUACUUGAGUGGAUUCAUUGGUUGGAGCAGCAUUGCGCAGUGACACCGCUGUAUAUCGCUUAUCCAGAGGGAAGAGGAACCAUGAAGAACUAAACGUUUUCUUCUUGCUGCUCCAAGUCGAGCUUGUAGCAAAGUUAAAUAAUUUCAAAGUGUAAUUUUGUCUCGCGCCUCUUCUUUCGCCCUGCGUGCAUUUUUCUCGUCCUGUGUGGGAUGCAUCGGUUGCUGUAGGAUCCCUCUUGUUGACAAACAUUUUUUUUUUCUUACAAGAAGUUUACUACAAGCUUCGGACACAAAAAGACAGAAGAUGUCUACGACGAGGUUCAAAAAGGAUAAAGAAAUCAUCGCGGAUUACGAGAGUCAAGUCAAAGAUGUCUGGCCCAGGACAUCUUCCAUUAGGAGAGAUCCAUUAUACAUGGUGGACCUGGCCGGAGAGGGCGCACGGAGGUGUGAUUCCUCAGAAAGGACCUCAGAGGAGAUCCGGGCCCAGUUGGUGGAGCAGCAGAAAUGUCUGGACCAGCAGACGGAGAUGAGGGUCCAGCUGCUGCAGGACCUGCAGGACUUCUUCAGGAAGAAGGCAGAGAUUGAGAUGGAAUACUCCAGAAACCUGGAGAAACUGGCCGAACGCUUUAUGGCAAAGACCCGCAGCACCAAGGAUCACCAGCAGUACAAGAAAGACCAGAACCUGCUGUCCCCAGUCAACUGUUGGUACCUGCUUCUGAACCAGGUGAGGAGGGAGAGUAAGGACCACGCCACACUGAGCGACAUCUACCUCAACAACGUCAUCAUGAGGUUCAUGCAGAUCAGUGAGGACUCCACACGGCUACUCAAGAAGAGCAAGGAAAUAGCCUUUCAGCUCCAGGAAGACUUAAUGAAGGUCCUUAAUGAGCUGUACACAGUGAUGAAGACCUACCACAUGUACCACUCGGAGAGCAUCAGCGCCGAGAGCAAGCUGAAGGAGGCCGAGAAGCAAGAGGAGAAGCAGAUCGGCAGGGGAGAACCCGUCUUCAGCAUCCGAAUGGAGGACAAAUACCAGAGGCGCAGCUCUGUGAAGAAGAUCGAGAAGAUGAAAGAGAAGCGCCAAGCCAAGUACUCUGAGAACAAGCUGAAGUCGAUCAAAGCGCGGAACGAGUACCUACUGACACUGGAAGCGUCAAACUCCUCCGUUUUCAAAUACUACAUCCACGACUUGUCGGACUUAAUUGAUUGCUGUGAUUUGGGGUACCAUGCAAGUCUGAACCGGGCCCUGCGGACCUACCUGUCAGCCGAAUACAACCUGGAGACGUCGCGGCACGAGGGACUUGACAUCAUAGAGAACGCCGUGGACAGUCUGGACCCGAGAAGUGACCGACAGAGGUUCAUGGAGAUGUACCCUACGGCCUUCUGCCCACCGGCAAAAUUUGAGUUCCAGCCUCAUAUGGGAGACGAGGUGUGUCAGAUCUCAGUGCAGCCACCAGUGAACGGAGAGCUUAUCCUGAGAUUCCAGCAGCUUCAGUCUCGCCUGGCUACCCUGAAGAUCGAGAACGAAGAGAUUAAAAAGACAUCGGAGGCCACACUGACCACCAUCCAGGACAUGGUGACCAUUGAAGACUACGACGUGUCUGAGUGUUUCCACCACAGCCGAUCCACGGAGUCGGUCAAGUCCACUGUGUCGGAGACGUACCUCAGCAAGCCAAGCAUCGCCAAGAGGAGGGCCAACCAGCAGGAGACGGAGCAAUUCUACUUCAUGAAAUUCCGGGAGUUUCUGGAGGGCAGUAAUCUCAUCUCCAAACUGCAGGCCAAACAUGACUUGCUGAAGAGGACACUUGGUGAAGGCCACAGAGCUGACUACAUGACCACAAGCCGCGGACGACGGAACUCACACGCUCGACAUCAGGACUCUGGACAAGCCAUCCCCCGUGUGGUUGAAAGCUGUAUUCGCUGCAUAAAUUUGUAUGGCCUUCAACAUCAAGGAAUAUUUCGUGUAUCUGGAUCACAUCUGGAAGUCAAUGACAUCAAGAACUCAUUCGAAAGAGGAAACGACCCCCUGACGGACGAUGAGAACGGCCAUGACAUCAAUUCGGUGGCUGGCGUUCUCAAACUUUACUUCCGUGGUCUGGAGAACCCUCUUUUCCCCAAAGAGAGGUUCAACGAUCUGCUCUCCUGCAUCAGAAUAGAGAACCUGUAUGAGAGAGCGCUGUACAUCCGUAAGAUCCUCCUGACCAUUCCCAGAUCAGUCCUCAUCGUCAUGCGCUAUCUCUUCGCCUUCCUCAACCACCUGUCUCAGUACAGUGACGAGAACAUGAUGGAUCCGUACAACCUGGCCAUAUGCUUUGGCCCAACGCUCAUGCCCACACCAGACACCCAGGACCAGGUCUCCUGCCAGGCCCACGUCAACGAGAUCAUCAAGACUAUCAUCAUCCACCAUGAGAACAUCUUUCCUGAUGCCAAAGAACUGGAUGGGCCCAUCUAUGAGAAGUGUAUGGCUGGAGGAGACUAUUGUGAGAGCCCCUACAGUGAGCAUGGAGCCCUGGAGGAAGUAGAAAAUGAGGGAGGAACAGAGACACACACCAGCGAGGACGAGGGCGAGCCCAUUGAAGCCAUCGCCAAGUUUGACUACGUUGGGCGCUCUUCCCGAGAGUUGUCCUUCAAGAAGGGCGCCUCUCUGCUGCUGUAUCAGCGGGCGUCAGAAGACUGGUGGGAGGGACGGCACAACGGCAUCGAUGGCCUGGUGCCACACCAGUAUAUUGUGGUCCAAGACAUAGAUGACAACUUCUCAGACACUCUGAGUCAGAAGGCUGACAGCGAGGCCAGCAGCGGCCACACUGGAGAGGAUAAAUGCUUGGGAAAAGACAUCGGCUCGCCCUCUGACAUCAGGAUCUCUGAGGCCUAUAUUACCAGCAGGCACAAGAAAAGAUCAGAACCACCAUCACGGCGGCCCCCUGCCCGCCCCAGUGAUGUCCACUGCAUGGUGCAUUCCUCCCAGCAUGGCCACGGAGGCACGCCAGAGAUGGGCUCCCCAGUUCUCGGCCACUUCAGCCCACGGGACAUGCUGCGGACUCGCAACCACAUGCCCAUGGACAGCCCCGAACGCCGCCGCCGCACUGGCCACGGCAGUCUGUCCAACAUCAGCCGCCACGAGUCGCUGAAGAAGAUGGAGAGCCCCCCGAUCCGUCGCUCCACCUCUUCGGGCCAGUACACGAGCUUCACUGACACCCACCACCACCACCAUCACGGCGGCAAGCCCCUGGAUCCGGAGACCAUCGCACAGGACAUAGAAGAAACCAUGAACACCGCUCUGAACGAGCUGCGCGAGCUCGAGCGGCAGAGCUCGGCCAAGCACGCCCCGGACGUGGUGCUGGACACCCUGGAGCAGCGGCAGACCUCCGGCGGCAGCGGCGGGGGUCCCACGCCAGCCAGCUCCAGCGAGUCCCUCAGCCCCAUCCACGGCGUCAUGCUCAGAUCCACCGCCAACACCGAGCCACCCAUCCGCCGCAGCACCAGCUCCUCCAGCGACACUAUGAGCACCUUCAAGCCUCUGGUAGCGCCCCGCAUGGGGGUGCAACUCAAACCCCCCGCCUUGAGGCCCAAGCCCAUGGUCCUGCCCAAGUCGAGUCAGGCCUCACAGCCUCCGGUUACAUCCGCUCAGGACCCUCUGGACAAGUCCUGCACCAUGUAACCUCUGGGACAGAAAUGUAAAACAAAGACUCUCUGCAAAAUGCUACCAGUGUCUAGUCGUUAGAGACUUACAACAUAUAAUAUCUAAGAGCGUGUAAAAUACUUGGAAAAGAGGUUUCCUUGUGGUGUUUUGAAGCUUCAUAAAGAGGACUCAGGAUCUGAGAGACUCGUGUAGUGUGAUGACAGAUCUGUCUCAAUAUCAUGUGCACAGUUAUGUGUUAAUAUGUUUAGGUUAAUAUUAUCAAACACAACAAAUCACAAAGGCUUCCUUCAAGGUUUUAGAAAAUAUACACUAGUUAGUUUAGUUUACAGACAUUCAUGAACUUUGAACAAAACACGCCGCAUGCAGCUCCUCUGUUUACCACUGAACCAGAAACGGAGCUUGAAGAGAACUGUAGUAACCGCAGUCUCACACUAGAUUCUGAUUUUCUUUUCGCUCUUACCUAGGAGGGCCAUUGAAGGUGUUGUGAACUGGUUGAAAGGUCUUACUGCCUUUGAGAUGUAACUGAUUUCACAUGUUAAUUAUUAUAAAAGGUGCUGUGACCUGUAGAGAAACAGUUUGAAGGUUGGACUGAUUACGGGCCUGAAGAGCCCUUAACAACUAACGGUACUGUGUUCAUAGAUAGUAGUACUGAUAGCCGUGUGCUUUUUCUUUCUUUUUGGCAAAGCAUACGUCUCCUGUGUCUCAGAAAUGUACAAAGAUCACCUCUGUGCUGGAUUCACUCACAUUUAUUUGCCUGGAAUGAGAUAUGACUAUUGGACUAAACCACUACUUCAUGAUGUUUGAAUUUGAUACACUCUUGAAUUCCUGCAUCAGUAACUCACGAUGCACGCAUAAAAUAUGCCUAAUAAUAACGUAAGCCUUUGCAUCUGUAUAACAAAUGGGGAGCAGUGUGAAAAAUGAUCAUCUCCUAUACAGUAUAUACAACACAUACACUAUAUUAUACGGCGUGGAACACAUGCCACAGCUUCUUUCUUUUGCCUUGCUUGGCUUUAGCUACCCAAAGAUAUGACUACAAGUUGAAAGCAUGGAUGUUGACGCUCCUUAUAUGAUGUAGGCAUUCUUCAUAUUGACUCGUGUACAGACUCAUGGCAGCGCCCUGUGGGUGCGCCGCCGGUAGCCAUGGACCUAAUGACUGUUAGCGUGAAAGCCUCCUCAUAUGUUCACCCUAUGCUUGUCUGAAAACAGCAGCUCGCUUUGUGUCUCUCCAGUGCGUUUCAUGUUCAGGUGAGAAUGUCGAUAUGUUUCUGAAUUGUUCUCUGACUGACAUUGAGGCUCUCUGUGUGGAUUUUCUGAAUUUGUGGAUAAUGACGCCUCUAUUUGACAUGUCAGAAAACACACAAUCAGCGAUGUGUGUGUGUGUAUGUGUCGAGUAAUCAUUUUAAAUGCAAUAGCCCCAUAAAACUGUAUGUGCCAGAGCUCCAACUGUGUGACUGCACCCCUGUCUGUCGUAUUUUCUUCUUCUUCUUUUAUUUUAUUUUAAAUAACCUCAGUACUGUAGAUAAAACAGAUACUGGGUGCAUGUCCUGGAAAUGUUCGGCUAGCAUUAUAACACACACAAAAGACUUUCUAACAGCAGGUUUACACUAUUUUUUGACUUGACAAAUAUUGUGUGUAUAAUAAUCAAAAGAUGAUUCCUUUCUGACUUACUAACUUUCAUUAUUUUUGUAAUCAUUUUUGUUGUGUUUCUGGGUAGAAAUGAAUUAGAACAAAUGAUGUAGAAUAAAUAUCCAGAGAUACAGAAUGAAACUAGUUGUAAAAAAAAUUAAAAAGUGCUUUUGUCACCAUGUAAUGUUAUUAUCAACUGUAGGACUCAGUCAUGCCGUGUGUAGGCUUUAAGCUCCUCUGUGGUGUUAUGUACAUCUGUAGUAUGUACUUGUGAAAGUGCCUUUGAAAAUGUUUUAGAGGAACUUCAGACAUUCUGUACCGUUUGCAUUGUCACGUCAGAUGCUGUGCAGGACGGAGACGCAUGAAUAAGUGACGACGCCAUUCUCAAACAGUUAUGACAGAAUUAAUAAUAAAUAAACAGCUUACCCAUUGUGACAUUGCACUUUUAUGUAUAUAACUGUACAUAUGGCAUGUAACAUCAUAACGUUUAGAGUUCUUUGAGGGAUUAUACCUCCAAGGAUUUCUUUCUAAUAAAGGAAAUAGUUUGUUGA